CUGACUCUGACUCCGACUCCGGCUCGGUGUGUUUGUUGCCGGGGGUUACACGGUUGCCGGGGACGAUGUCUGAGCACAUUCAGCUUUCUCUGGCUCUGUGUAGGAUUGGCUUUUACACGUGUCUGCGAACGCUGUGCUGUAAAGGUCCUCCCCCGCCCCGGCCGGAGUAUGACGUGGUGUGUAUCGGCCUGACCGGCUCGGGCAAAUCCACUCUGCUGUCACGGCUAUGCAGCGAGAACACAGACACCAUCGUGCCCACCACAGGUUUCAGCAUCAAAGCAGUGCCGUUCCAGAAUGCCAUACUAAAUGUGAAGGAGCUUGGAGGAGCGGCGCACAUCAAGAAGUACUGGAGCCGCUACUACCAGGGUUCGCAGGGCGUGGUGUUUGUGGUGAACAGCGCGUGCUCGGCGGCCGAGCUGGAGGCGUCGCGGGCGGAGCUGCACUCGGCCCUGCAGCACCCGCAGCUCUGCACACUGCCCUUCCUCAUCCUCGCCCACCACCAGGACCAGCCCAGCGCUCGCCCCGCGCCAGAGAUCCAGAAGUAUUUUGAGCUGGAGCCUCUGGCGCGGGGUAAGCGCUGGGUGCUGGCGGGGAGCUCCACGGGGGACCUGGAGGGGCUGAGGGACGCCUUCGGCCAGCUCAUCAACUUGCUGGAGGACAAACACGCCGAGCACACCAGGAUAUGA